CACAUCAAAAAGCCGAUAUAUAGCACAGAAUCAAAAUGGCGUUUGCGACAGCAGGGAGGUCGAUGAAGCUCUACUGGGGUUCCGGCAGCGCACCUUGCUGGCGCGUCAUGGCAGUGUUAGAGGAGAAAGGGCUCGGAAAAUACGAUAGCAAGCUGAUCUCCUUCGACAAGAACGAGACCAAAUCUGAGGAAAUCAUGAAAUUGAACCCACGUGGUGAGGUGCCAACAUUUGUUAUAGGGGAAAUCGUCAUCAAUGAAUCGCUGGCAACCUGUUUGUACCUCGAGGACACGUACAAGUCGUCAGGUGUGCAGCUUAUUCCCAGCGAUUGCCCCAAAAAGGCCAAGGUGCUGCAAAGAACUUUUGAGGUCCCGGGGUUCAUGAAGAGAGGACUUGAAGACCUGGGUUAUCUGUACAUGGAGGGCGACGUGAAUGAGGAAGAAAUGAAAGAGAAAAAGACAUCACUGAAAGCUGAACUGGCUCUGUGGGAAGGUUAUCUGAAGGCAGCAGGAGGUGACUAUUUGACUGGCCAGGACUUUACAAUGGCCGACUGCAUCUUCUUCCCCGUCUUAGCCGUUAUGGUGCGUCUCGGCCUUGCUCUGCGUCCGACCUUCCCGGAGCUGGGGAAGUAUUAUGACACGGUCAGCAAGCGACCUUCCAUUAUGAAAACGUGGCCGCCACACUGGAAGGGAACCGAGGGAAAGAAGUGGCUGAAUGAUGUGUGCUAACGUCAAGGAUAACAACAGCCCAUAGCAAACAAAAACGGUCAUUUCUGGUGCUAUUUACAAUACCAUGGUAACUUUUAUUAGGUCUUGUAUGGUUGUCGCGUCCAAUAUUUGUAAAUGGUCUAACCAAGCCCUACGGUGUUUACUAGUAUAUGUGAAUUGAAAUUACGUAAGAAUGGGUGCCAUCUUGAAUUAGCAGCCAUAUUAGACUGCAAUCCAACUUUACAGACUAAAUUAUGCUUCAGCAUCACGGACACAUUGCUUUUAUUCAAGUAAAUAAUUUCUAUUAAAAAGUAGUAAUUUCUAAUUAAAAAGGAGGCCUUCUGAAAACAUUGGAU